AUGUUGCUCCGGCUUCGAGGACCAGACGGCCAGAUCCGUCUCGAGGUCAACAAUAAUGAGACCUUUGGUCAGCUUGGCGAGAAGCUGCUACCCAAAUUGCCCCCAACCGUGGACCCCAACACCAUCACCUUGUCCAAUGCUCCCGGAUCGCAGGGAGAUAAGAAGUAUCUCCGCGAUAUCGCCCAGUUCGAGCUUGGGAGGAUAGGUCUGAGUCAUGGCGACAUGAUCUUUCUCGAGUACCAGUCCAGAGACCCAAACGAGAGCAACGGACAGACCACGCAGCCGAUUUCUUCGGCAAACAGGCUGAACGGCAAGCCGAUACUCCCGACUGAAGAUCUUCCCAUCGACCCUCCGUCGAUUGCUUCUCCGUCAGAGAAGAUCAAGAACCCUUGGGAAGUGGUCAGACAGUCCAAACUCGACGACCAACUCGACAAGAAGGAUGGAAAGAUCCCGCGCAAGCUGGAUACCAAGAUGUGCAGGCACGGCCCCAAGGGCAUGUGCGACUACUGCCAGCCGCUGGAUCCCUUCAAUGCCGAGUACCUUGCUGAGAAGAAGAUCAAGUACCUGUCGCUGCACUCGCACUUGCGCAAGGUCAACUCGGCGACGAACAAGCCAGAACUGGGAGCAUCGUUCAUCCCUCCCCUUGUUGAGCCCUAUUACCGUGUCAAGCGUGACUGCCCUUCGGGACAUCCUCAGUGGCCCGAGGGAAUCUGUACCAAAUGCCAGCCAAGUGCCAUCACUUUACAACCGCAGCCGUUCCGUAUGGUUGACCAUGUCGAGUUUGCGGACAGCAACAUCAUCAACGAGUUCCUCAACGCGUGGCGAGAGACGGGUGCCCAGCGCAUCGGCUACCUCUACGGCAAGUACGCAGAGUAUGACGUCGUGCCGCUGGGAAUCAAGGCUGUCGUCGAGGCUAUCUACGAGCCACCGCAGGUAGACGAGGUUGACGGCGUCUCCUUGAACCCCUGGGAGAACGAGCAGGAUGUCAAUGCCGUGGCCAAGCUCUGUGGACUCGAGCAGGUUGGUGUCAUCUGGACCGAUCUUCUACCGCCUGCGCCUGGCGAGGAAGGUCAGGCUGUCUGUAAGCGCCACGCCGAUUCGUAUUUCCUAUCGUCGCAGGAGAUCUGUUUCGCCGCUCGCCUGCAGGCGCAGCAUCCGAAGCCGACCAAGUGGAGUGACACGGGCCGCUUUGGUUCAAAUUUCGUAACCUGUGUUAUUUCUGGAGAUGAGAACAACGACAUUGCCAUCUCUGCUUAUCAGAUGUCAAACGCGGCCGUCGAGAUGGUGCGGGCAGACAUUAUCGAGCCAUCUGCAGAUCCUGGCGUGAUGCUCGUCCGCGAAGAGGAAGAAGAUGACGGAUCUGUCAGCCGUACGCGAUAUAUCCCCGAGGUGUUCUACCGCAGAGUCAACGAGUACGGCGCCAACGUCCAGGAGAAUGCCAAACCGUCCUUCCCGGUCGAGUACCUCUUUGUGACGCUCACGCACGGCUUCCCUCAAGACCCAAAGCCAUACUUUACAGACUCUGGUUUCCCCAUCGCAAACCGCGAGUACAUUGGCCAGAGCCAGGAGGUGUCUACCGUCUCUAAGAUGCUCAAGAUCAACCAAGCGCCCGACUCGAAGGGUCUUAACGUGUCCAACUUCCACUUGCUCUGCUUCCUCCACCAGAUGGGCGUUCUAUCAAAGGCAAGUCUUCCAAUUGUUCCCGACGAGGAGAACCUCUUGUGCCGUGUGGCCACUGGUCACGACCUCGCAGACGCCUUCCAGCUGCGUUCGACGCCGGGCUGGCAGACCCUGAUCACUAUUUUGCAAACUACCGGUGAGCGAAUACCCAAACGUCCUCGCGACACCGCUGCGGCGGCGGCAGAGGCGGCGCCCGACGGGAGAAACUCUGGUGCCCGAUCGGCCGGCUCGUCUGGCUCUUCUGCUCGCGCGCCCGCCGCCACUAAUGAUGGGGAACGUCUUGCUAAGCGAUUUGCUGCGGUUAGGCUGAGCGAGGACCGGGAGAGGCCUUUUCUCCCGCGGUAG